AAAAAUAAAACCCCUUCCCCUGAACAAACAGUUGAAGAGUGGAAACGUAGCAGCAGCGGCGGAGAAAGGUUAGAGAUGGUUAACCAGAGGCAGCGAUUGGCUCGCAAGCGAUUCAAAGCAGAGCACCCUGAACUGUUUCCGAAGGUCGAGCCCACACCCCCCAAAGACCCUAACAAGAAGAAGAAGAAGAGUAGCGCGUUCAAGCGCAAACGGGCCGAGUCAAAAUCCGGCUCCGGCAAAAGGCAUCCUCUUAGAGUCCCCGGGAUGAAGCCCGGCGAUAGUUGCUUCAUCUGCAUGGCCAAAGACCACAUCGCCAAGCUCUGCCCCCAAAAGACCGAAUGGGAAAAAAACAAGAUAUGUUUGCGGUGUCGUCGACGCGGUCAUAGAGCUAAGAACUGCCCCGAGGUACAAGAUGCCGCCAAGGAUGUCAAACAUUGCUAUAACUGUGGGGAAACUGGCCACUCUCUCUCGCUCUGUCCGUACCCUCUCGAGGAAGGAGGGACAAAGUUUGCCGAGUGCUUUGUCUGUAAUCAGCAGGGACACUUGAGUAGAAACUGUCCACAAAAUACUCAUGGCAUUUAUCCAAAGGGUGGUUGCUGUAAAAUUUGUGGUGGUGUGACACAUUUGGCAAAAGAUUGUCCUGACAAAAGAUGGCAAGGAUCUGUUGCUGCUAAUGGCCCUGGUGGUAGAUCAAAGAGAAUUGAAGAGAGUCCCAGGGGCCAGGUUACCAAAUUUAUUAGCGGUGAUGAUAUUGAGGAUGACUUCAUGAUAGAUGACGUACGCAGUGGCGAUAAUAACAAGUCAGCAAAUUCAAACGAUGUCAAUGUAACAGCAAAGAAGAAAGAUCCUAAAGUUGUGAUCUUUAACUAAGGAUAUCUCAAUGUAUUGUGUGGACAUUGGUUUCCACUCUCCAUUUUUGUUUCCUAUUCUGCAGUGUGCAGAAUUUCUUCCAGAAUGAAUGUAAUCGCUUCUGCAAAGUCUCCGCUUCCCUAGAGUUUGAAGAAUUGACAUGUAAACGAGGUUUUUUUUGGUAAAAUUGCUAGUCUUUACUUGUU